GUCAACAAGGAAUUUGACUAUGACUGCCACAGCAAGAGAAACCUUGUCGACAACUGCUGUUUAAAACAUAUUCACACAAUAUGUGUGCGCGGCAAUUGAUGUUACUGUCAAAGCAAGUAUAGGGUGCUAUUCAGUCUCUAUCAAAGCAAGUAUAGGGUGCUAUUCAGUCUCUGUCAAAGCUAGUAUAGGGUGCUAUUCAAUCUCUGCUAAAAUGAUUCGGACACUAAACAGCACGUCAUUUGCUGCUUUAUUUGCAACCGUGCCAAAGUCCACGACAUGCAUAACAGCUAGAACACACAGUACGUAUGAUGUGGCUGUGGUGGGUGGAGGCAUCGUGGGCCUGGCCUCAGCCAGAGAGCUCAUCCUCAGACACCCCACGCUUAGCUUCGUUCUGCUGGAGAAGGAGAAGGACCUGGCUGUCCACCAAAGCGGCCACAACAGUGGUGUGAUCCACAGUGGGAUCUACUAUACCCCCGGGUCUCUGAAGGCCCGUCUUUGUGGCAAAGGGGCCACUAUGGCCUACGAAUAUCUGGACAAGAAAGGACUCCCCUACAAGAAGUGUGGAAAGCUGAUCGUUGCUGUGGAGCGAGAGGAGAUUCCCAGGCUCAAAGCGCUGUACGAGCGAGGCCAGAAGAACAACGUGCGUGACCUCACAAUGAUAGACGCCAAGGGGAUCCGAGAGAGAGAGCCCUACUGCAGGGGUCUGAUGGCCCUGGACUCUCCCUACACUGGCAUCGUGGACUGGAGGCUUGUGUCACUCGCAUACGGCAAAGACUUCCAGGAGGCAGGAGGGACCGUGGUUACUGAAUAUGAGGCUAGUGACAUGGCCAUGGUGAAGGAAAGCCCCGCUGGUAACACUGAAGGAAUGAAAUAUCCCAUCGCUAUCAGAGAUUCAAAGGGUAAGGAGGUGAGGUGUCGGUAUGUGCUGACCUGUGGUGGUCUGUACUCUGACCGCCUCUCUCAGAUCUCUGGCUGCAGUCCAGAGCCUCGCAUUGUCCCUUUCAGAGGAGAUUACCUGGUCCUGAAGCCUGAGAAACACUAUCUGGUCCGGGGCAACAUCUACCCUGUUCCUGACCCUAAGUUCCCCUUCUUGGGGGUCCACUUCACCCCUCGGAUGGAUGGCAGUGUCUGGCUGGGUCCCAAUGCCGUCCUGGCCUUUAAACGAGAGGGUUACAAGCUGUACGACUUCGAUGCCCGGGACUUUGGAGAUGCACUCUCAUUCAGGGGUCUGCAGAAGCUGGUGAUGAAUAACCUAGUGUAUGGUGUUGGAGAGAUGUACAGAGGGGUGUUCAUCGGAGCUCAGGUCAAGAUCCUAAAGAAGUUCAUCCCAGAGCUCUCUCUAAGCGACGUACUCAGGGGUCCGGCGGGGGUGAGGGCCCAGGCUCUGGACCGCGAUGGGAACCUGGUAGAUGACUUUGUGUUUGACGGUGGUGUCGGGGACGUGGGCAGCAGGGUCCUCCAUGUACGCAACGCUCCCUCGCCAGCCGCCACCUCUUCCCUGGCCAUAGCAGAGAUGGUAGCGGAUGAGGUGGAGAGGCGUUUCAGCCUCUAGAAACUCUAGAGGCACUCUUCGGAUGCAUACCAAAUGGCAUCCUAUUCCUUACUUUUGAGUUAUUUUGACUUCUGUGCACUACUUUUGACCAGGGCCCACAGGGAAUAGGGUGGCAUUUGGGACGUACCUACACUUCCCCAAUGGAAGGAAGUAACAACGUUGAUCCAUCUGCAGGUCAUCUAGUGAAAUGGUGAAGCGGUGUAAGGGUGAAGUUGCCCCUAGACUCUGAUCUCGGGUCAGUUCUGCAUUUUCCCCACCUAAUGGGUUAAAGGUUAGUAUUGGGCGAGGGGAUGCUGAUCCUGGAUCUGUGUCUAGGGGAAACCUCGCCACGGAAUGAGGCCAUCCAGUCUGUUGCUAUUGCUACUGCUCACUGGCCCAGCGUCUAUCUCCGUCAGCAGAGUAAGGUUGGAAAAAUCCGGUAACUUUCCAAAAUUCCCAGGUUUUCCAGAAAUCCAGGUCUCGACCUUCGCCUCUCCCGAGCCCGUUGGGGAGUUGCAGCGACGAGACGAGCUCGUAAUUGGAUUGCAAUUGGA